AUGGCCGGUCCGGCCGCUCUGCUUGUGUCCAUCGGGCACCAGGCAGGGGCUCUCCGCGCCCUCCGGGCUGUCGCAGCCCCCCAUCCUCCCCGCAGCCCCCCGCAGCCUUCCCACACCGAAACCUCUGGCACCGGCAGGUCUGGCCCAGUUCGGUGCAGCCCGGGAGAGGAGAUGGAGAUGCGUGAGCCUGGUGGGGCUCAGAAGCCGGAGGAAGAGAGAAGAGCCGCAGGGAAAAGCCGUAAGGAGGGAGAAGAGAGCGGAGACUCGUCUCCUCCCAGCCCAGAGCGGCUGGUGAGGCGUGGGACCCUUCGGGAGACAGCUCUGUGCAGCAAGAUGUCCCGACUAGUGGAAGCGACUUCCCGCCUGGUACAAGUAGAAGAGACUCUCCUGCUCCCUCUCCUACAGCAGCAUCCUCUUCCUCUCCUCCCAAAAUAUCUUGGUGAUGAAUUUGAGGUAUUGCAAGAUACUGUUUUCACGUGUGCUGGAUCAAUGUACGGAGUCCAGCUGGCUUUGUGA